AUUCCAUCCCCGGGCGGGUCGAGCCGCCCUCGCUGCGCCGCCUGGCCGUCCCUCCCCUCGGCCUCCGCCCCCUCCCGCAAAGCCCUGCCGCGCGAAGCCGGCUUCACUCCUGCACCCGACCUCCCUCCCGGCUGCUGGCUCCGGGUGGCUUAUAGUCCAGCCCCCUCUGCCGCCCACGUCCUCGCCCACGCCCGGGGAUCCGCAGGUCCGCGUCCCUCACGUCCCCCCGGACACCCCCUCCCCUAGUGCGCCGGGGACUUGGAGAAACUUUGCAGGCGGUGAAAUGGAUUUAAUCCGAGGCGUCUCGCUCCGGCUCUUGUUCCUGGCUUCCAGCCUCCGUCCUGGCGCAGCGCCGUUCCCAGCCGCUCUCCGAAUGCCAGGCAAGUUGGGGCCUCCACUUGACAUCAAACUGGGCGCAUUGAACUGUACAGCUUUCAGCAUCAAAUGGAAAAUGCCACGGUCUCCUGGGAGCCCAAUCAUUGGGUACACAGUCUUUUACUCUGAGGUCGGUGCAGAUAAGUCCCUGUGGGAGCAGUCACACAGUGUGCCACUCAGCUGGGACAGCCCAGUCACUGGACCAUAUGGCCAUCAGGCAAUUUUUGAAGAAGUGAUCAGAGGUUUGAAGCCGGGCACGGAAUAUCGAGUGAGCAUAGCAGCUUACAGCCACGCUGCCAAAGGGAGGCUCAGCUCUCCUCGGCACAUUACCAUUACGUCCCAAGAUCCCUGCCUGCCUCCAGCAGCACCUCAGCAGCCUCGUGUCCUUGUGGUUUCUGACUCCGGGGUGGCCCUCUCUUGGAAACCUGGAGAGAGUGAAGGAAGCUCCCCCAUUCAGUCCUAUUCUGUGGAAUUCAUCAGGCCAGAUUUUGACAAGAAUUGGACUUUAAUCCAAGAACAUUUCCAGAUGGACACCAUGGUCAUCAAGGGCCUUGUUCCAGACACGAGCUACCAGUUCGCCGUGAGGGCCGUGAACGCCCAUGGCUCCAGUCCGCGCAGCCAUCCCAGUGACACCAUCCGAACCCUGAGGCCCAGGGAAGCAGAAGGUGACCAAUAUGGACACCAUGCCACCAACAUGGGAAUCAUUGUGGACGAUGAUGGAUUUGAACACAAUCUCAACAUGAACAUUUCCUUUGAGGAGGUUAAACCCCUUACUGCUGCCAAAGAAGGGCACAAAAAAUUCUUAGUGGGAAGCAAGAUGACAUCUCUGUCUAACCCCAAGACUGUUUCCAGGCCUGCCCCCACUACCUCGCCACCUCUGUCGAGGACCACAGCGGCUCUCCAGCCCACUCCAGCACAGCAGAAGGGGACGAGUAGCAUGGCCAUCAUGUCUAGGCUCUUUGCCAUGUCUUGUAAUGAGACCCUGUGCUCUGCUGACAGCUUCUGUGUCAAUGACUACACCUUGGGGGGCUCAAGAUGCCAUUGCAACCUGGGCAAAGGUGGUGCGAGCUGCUCAGAAGAUAUUAUUAUACAGUAUCCCCAGUUCUUUGGCCACUCCUAUGUCACUUUCGAGCCUCUGAAGAACUCCUAUCAGUCAUUUCAAAUUACUCUGGAAUUUAGGGCAGAGGCAGAGGAUGGCUUGCUGCUCUACUGUGGGGAGAACGAGCACGGCAGGGGCGAUUUCAUGUCCUUGGCUGUCAUACGGCGCUCGCUUCAGUUCAGGUUUAAUUGUGGGACCGGGGUUGCCAUCAUCAUCAGCGGGACGAAAAUCAAACUUGGGGCGUGGCACACAGUCAUGCUCUACAGAGACGGGGUGAGUGGGCUGCUGCAGCUGAACAACGACACCCCAGUGACGGGCCAGUCCCAGGGCCAGUACAGUAAAAUCACCUUCCGGACUCCUCUCUAUCUUGGUGGGGCUCCCAGCGCUUACUGGCUGGUCAGAGCCGCAGGAACAAACAGAAACUUUCACGGCUGUGUGCAGUCACUUACUGUUAAUGGGAAGAGAAUUGACAUGAGGCCGUGGCCACUGGGCAAAGCUCUCAGUGGAGCUGAUGUGGGGGAAUGCAGCAGUGGGAUCUGUGAUGAGGCCUCGUGUGUCAACGGAGGGACCUGUACCGCAAUCAAAGCCGACUCCUACAUCUGCCUCUGUCCUCUUGGGUUCAAAGGUCGACACUGCGAAGAUGCUUUCACCUUGAUCAUCCCUCAGUUCAGAGAGUCUCUGAGAUCCUAUGCUGCCAUGCCCUGGCCCCUGGAGCCCCGGCAUUACCUGUCCUUCACAGAGUUUGAGAUCACAUUUCGGCCUGACUCAGGGGAUGGCGUCCUCCUGUACAGCUAUGACACAGGCAGCAAGGACUUCCUGUCCAUCAAUAUGGCAGGGGGCCACGUGGAGUUCCGCUUUGACUGUGGCUCUGGAACCGGUAUCCUGAGGACUGAAGAUCCUCUCACCCUUGGCCAGUGGCAUGAGCUGCAUGUAUCUCGCACAGCGAAGAAUGGUAUCUUACAGGUGGAUAAGCAGAAGGUCAUAGAGGGAAUGGCAGAGGGCGGCUUCACUCAGAUUAAGUGCAACACGGACAUUUUCAUUGGUGGAGUCCCCAGCUACGAUGAGGUGAAGAAGAACUCAGGCAUCGUCAAGCCGUUCAGUGGGAGCGUCCAGAAGAUCAUCCUGAAUGACCGAACCAUCAAUGUGAAGCAUGAUUUCACAUCUGGAGUGAACGUGGAGAAUGCUGCCCACCCCUGUGUGGGGACCCCCUGUGCCCACGGGGGCAGCUGCCGGCCCAGGAAGGAGGGCUAUGAGUGUGACUGCCCGUUGGGCUUCGAGGGCCUGCACUGCCAGAAAGCCAUCACAGAAGCCAUUGAGAUCCCACAGUUUAUCGGCCGCAGUUACCUGACAUAUGACAAUCCAGAUAUCCUCAAGAGAGUGUCAGGAUCAAGAUCGAAUGCAUUCAUGAGGUUUAAAACAACUGCCAAGGAUGGCCUGUUGAUGUGGAGAGGAGAUAGCCCCCUGAGAUCCAACAGUGACUUCAUUUCCCUGGGCCUUCGGGAUGGAGCCCUGGUGUUCAGCUACAACCUGGGCAGUGGUGUGGCGUCCAUCAUGGUGAACGGCUCCUUCAAUGAUGGCCGGUGGCACCGGGUCAAGGCAGUUAGGGAUGGCCAAUCGGGAAAGAUUACUGUGGAUGACUACGGAGCCAGAACUGGAAAAUCACCUGGCAUGAUGAGGCAGCUCAACAUCAAUGGGGCUCUGUAUGUGGGUGGGAUGAAGGAAAUCGCUCUGCACACCAACAGGCAGUACAUAGGAGGCCUUGUGGGCUGCAUCUCCCACUUCACCCUGUCCACCGAUUACCACAUUUCCCUCGUGGAAGAUGCUGUGGAUGGGAAAAACAUCAACACUUGUGGAGCCAAGUAACACCAGCUGGCCUUGCCCAAGGGACAUAGCCUCUAUACUGAGCAUCCCAGGGGCCUCAAGACCCUGCCUGAUGCCACACACAGAGGCCUGGGGACCAGGUGUGUUUCCUCUCAUCAAGAGAAAGUGUACCCUGAUGGAAACUGAGCACCAAGACAGAGUCCCUGGGUGGCCUUUCCUGCCGACGCUGUGGGCCAAAUGCAAUGGGAUACUCUGCGUAGGAAGCACUGGACUUUUGGACUUUGCUCAUUGGAUGUGUAGAGUCUGUUAGAGAUCCAACAUCAGUGCAAAUUCCAGAGCCUGUCUGCUAUAACCCAUUGACUGUGUUGUGAUUCAUACUGAGACAGAGAGAGAGAAAGAGAGAGAGAGAGAGAGAGAGAGAGAGAGAGAGAGAGAGAGAGAGAGAGACCCAGGACAGUAUUAAAAUACUUCUCUCCUUCCCUGACUCAUGACAUUCUUACUGACAGCAGAACAAUGACUGGGUGACCUUGAUCUUCCAGUUUCUCACCUUGGCCCAUGAACUGAUCAGAUUAAUCCCUUCCACUCCUCACUGGCUGACUUAGUGUGAUCUUAAAGUUCCAGGAAAAUAAAGGUUGGGGGAGAUUAAACAUAGAAUCAUAAUCAUAAUGUGGCCCCCUUCACAGAGUUUACCUUGAAUGUGAAAUCCCUACUUUUUAUAAUGCAAAUCUAAGGAAAUGGGCUCCAUGAUUUUGUAGCUGUACUUUUGUAUGUGUAUAUUUUUAUAGCUGCAAACUGUCCACACAGUAUACUUUUGAAAGUUAGGGUGGAAAAUCCUAAUUCUUGCACACUUUCCUAAAAGUUGUCUCCCAGAGAAAACUUGUUUGGGCCCUUUGCGGUGUGAGUGGAGCAGAAGAGAUGAUCUGUGUGGUAUCCUGGGGAGCUGCCUGUUCUCUUCACUAUGCAUUGAUGGCUCAAGGAGAUGCAUAUGAAGCUUUCCAAAAGAAGCAGAUUAAAAAGGAACAUGUGCUACUGA